AUGCCGAAACUCGAGACCGCCCUUCUCUCGCCGUCGCACUACGAUAACGAUGCGGCCUCGCUACGAUCGCCCUCCGAGCAGGACUCCGACUCCGAGGAUGACGAGUUCCUCCGCCAUCCCCGCAGCACUCUCGAACUGAAUAACCACGACCGAGCGGUUCUGGACGAUGAAGAUGAGUUGGAGAAGCUUUUGACAAGGCGUGGACCCGCCCAUGGGUUGCGGAGGAUGUUCAGUCCCAACGGGAGCAGCGUGCGGAUUGGAAAGAAGGAACGGCGACGGGCGCGAAGGGAGGCCCGACAAUCGCGUCGAGAGAGGGUCAGCGAGGAAGGAGAACUGAUGUAUGAAAUGGAAGAGGGUAUUGGAGAUGAUACGGACUCCCUCAUGAGCGGAUCAUCGUGGGAUUUGGGGGAGAAGGAGGACUAUCUCUAUGAGCCGCCGUCACGGCCUUCCUGGUUGAAGAUCCUCUUGGUUUCCGCCGUCAUCGUCGUUUUUUUCUUCAUCCUGCUCCUUGGCGCGUACAAGGCUUCGAGUGGCUUCCGAGCUUCACGCGCGCAUCCCCAAUCGCUGCUGUCCAACGGCACUGCGCUCUUUGCACCCACAACCAUCCUCAUAUCGCUAGAUGGAUUCCGAGCGGAUUUCCUUGACCGGGGUCUGACGCCAUCUCUCAAUUCGCUCGUUGCCAACGGUGUUUCUCCGCAAUAUAUGAACCCCAGUUUUCCCAGCGUCACUUUCCCGAAUCACUUCACAUUAGUCACCGGGUUGUACCCCGAGAGCCAUGGGGUGGUUGGAAAUACCUUCUGGGAUCCAGAACUGGAGGAGGAAUUCUACUACACCCACCCCGCGGUCAGCAUGCUACCCAAGUGGUGGAACGCGGAACCGCUAUGGGUAACAGCAGAAAAGCAAGGUGUGCGGACUGGCAUUCACAUGUGGCCCGGGUCAGAGGCACAUAUCGGAGAGGAAGAACCGAGCUAUGUGGAUAAAUACAACGGCUCGGAAUCUUUAUCGCGCAAGAUCAAUCGGGUCCUCGAGUUUCUGGAUCUCCCGGGCGCCGAAGACGAGUCGCAUCUCGUGCCAGAACGGCCACAGUUGAUUGCUGCAUACGUCCCCGAUGUCGAUAGGGACGGGCACAAGUAUGGGCCCAACAGCACGGAAAUUCGAGCCACAAUCUCUCACGCAGAUGAGAUGGUGGGCGGCAUCAUGGCCGGUUUGGAAGCCCGCAAUCUCACGAACGUGGUCAAUGUAGUGGUUGUUUCGGACCAUGGCAUGGCCACUACAUCCAUUGAGCGACUCGUUCAGCUGGAACAUCUAGUCGACCUUAACCUCGUUGAGCACAUCGAUGGCUGGCCAUCCCGAGGUCUGCGCCCGAAGCGGCCUGAGGACCUACCAACUCUGCAAAAGCAGCUGGAGGAUGCUGCCCCAAAAUAUGCUCAUGCUGUAGAAAUCUACACACGAGAGACGAUGCCGGAGCGUUAUCACUUUCAGAACAAUGAUCGCAUUGCACCACUAUGGAUCAUCCCCAAGACCGGGUGGGCAAUUGUGGAACGCCCAGAAUUCGACGCGAAGAAAGCCCUUGAAACGGGCGAGGUGUACAGUCCCAAGGGUAUCCACGGCUAUGACCAUGAGCACCCAUUGAUGCGGGCUAUCUUCAUUGCGCGUGGUCCAGCAUUUCCUCACAAGCCCAACAGUCGUCUCGAGGCAUUCCAAAACAUCGAAGUCUACAAUAUCCUCUGCGACUCUCUUGGUGUCGACCCCGUUCCAAACAACGGCACCCUUCGUCUGCCCUUGAAGCCUGUGGGCCUUCACUCAGAUGAGGAUGCGCCCCUUGUUGACACGCCCUCCGAUCCACCGGAGACCAUAGAGACCGCUACAACGGCCGUACCUCCCGAGCCAACUAGCCCGGCUUCGAGUGCACCCACGAUGAAUCCCGAGAGCGAUGAUGAGAAGGGAUCGACGUGGUGGGGAACGUUGUGGGAUAAAGUCGAGAGCAAAUUCGACGAUUGGAAGGAAUGGACGAAGGAGCUGUUUGACGCGGAGCACGACAACCAUCCGGAGGAUUCAUGA